ACCCCUUUACCACCUAACUUUUCAAAUUUCUGCUAUUGCUCACAUUGUAGAGAGAGAGAGAGAGGAGAGAGAGAGGAAAUCGUCAAAGUUCUUUAGCUAAGGAGUUUCAUUGAGAUAUGGCCCGUACCAAGCAAACUGCUCGUAAGAGUACUGGAGGAAAGGCUCCCAGGAAGCAACUUGCUACCAAGGCUGCUCGUAAGUCUGCUCCAACUACCGGAGGAGUGAAGAAGCCUCACCGUUACCGUCCUGGAACUGUGGCUCUUCGUGAGAUCAGGAAGUACCAGAAGAGUACUGAGCUUUUGAUCAGGAAGUUGCCGUUCCAGAGGUUGGUUCGUGAGAUUGCCCAGGACUUCAAGACUGAUCUCCGUUUCCAGAGUCACGCUGUAUUGGCUCUUCAGGAAGCUGCUGAGGCUUACCUUGUUGGUCUUUUUGAGGACACCAACCUGUGUGCCAUCCACGCCAAGCGUGUUACCAUUAUGCCUAAGGACAUUCAGCUUGCCCGCAGGAUCAGGGGUGAACGUGCUUAAGUAAUUGAGCUUGCCUUAUCGUUUGUUAAUGCUUUUACUACUAUAAUAGUAUUAGUUUGAUGGUUCUUGGUUAGGCUUAAUGCAGGACUUAAAUAGGGGUUGUUUUUUGUUUGGAGAGGAAGGGGUUUACUGGUGAAUGAUGUAGUUAAAAGUGAUGAUGGGUGGUGUGUUUUAAGAGCAAGGAACACUCAAACUUGGUAUAUUUGGUAUUUAAUUUCUGUUUUGUUGGUGUCACACUGAUUUUGUGUGGAAACAUUCAUCUAAUGUAGUUGAUAUAUAUUCAGACCUUUAUGUUUAUUGUUCUCUUAUGUU